UCGUUUCCGUGUAGCGAUUGAUCAAAAAAAUAGUUUCUUUGGAAAACGUAAACACUGUGCAAUUUUGUUUUAUCAAAGUCCGGCUGAAAAUUCAUAUUUUACUCAAAAAUUAAAGAAAACGAAUGCUUGAAGCAAAGUUGUGAUUGAAAGCUACAAAAAAACGUUUGUUAGAUAUAUUGAACUUGAGUUUAUCUCAAUUUUUGUAAGAAGGUGUGUGAUAACAAAAGUGCAUACAGUAAUGGCCGAGAUGUCGAAAGAUAUACUGGAUCAACAGCAGACGGGUUCUGCGGGUCUGAGUGUUCCAAUGAAGCAACCAGUCAACACGGGCUGCGAUGGGGAAAGAAAGGACGGUUUCAUUUGCGGGGUAGUGGAAGGUUUUUAUGGUCGACCAUGGACUACGGAGCAGCGAAAGGAUUUGUUUCGAAAGUUAAAACAAUGGGGAAUGGAUUCUUACGUUUACGCUCCGAAAGAUGAUUACAAGCAUCGGGCAUACUGGAGGGAGUUGUACACGGUUGAAGAAGCGGAUCAUUUGACGGGAUUGAUAUCGGCUGCCCACGAGCAAAACAUUCAUUUUUAUUAUGCGCUUUCGCCAGGAUUGGAUAUAACUUACAGCAAUAGCAAAGAAUUGGCCACUUUGAAACGAAAACUAGAUCAGGUUUCGCAAUUUGGUUGUAAAGCUUUUGCUUUGCUCUUUGAUGAUAUUGAGCCGGAGAUGUGCAAAUCAGACAAGGAGGUUUUUCAAACCUUUGCGUACGCCCAGGUCUCCGUUACAAAUGAAAUAUACAAUCACUUGAACUGCCCUCGAUUCCUCUUUUGUCCCACCCAAUACUGCAGUUCUAAAGCCGUCCCCACUGUGAAGCAAUCAGAGUAUCUCUACACGCUGGGAUCUAAACUGAUUCGUAAUAUUGACGUUCUAUGGACUGGACAAAAAGUUAUUUCAAAGCUGUUAACCGUGGAAUGCAUUCAAGAAAUCACAGAGGUUCUUAAACGACCUCCAGUAAUCUGGGACAAUUUGCAUGCUAACGACUAUGAUCAAAAACGCGUUUUUCUUGGCCCAUACUCGGGUCGCUCGCCGGAACUCAUUCCUCUGCUUCGCGGAGUUGUAACUAAUCCGAACUGUGAAUUCCAUGCUAAUUCCAUUGCCAUUCAGACCCUCGCAUUCUGGAGUAAGUGUAGCGCGGACACCAAGAUUAGCUCUUCCAUUUCCUCGGAUGUGAAGCUGGAAACGGAAAACGAAGAAGGUAUUUGUCAGGAGGAUGCACCUGCUUUCCUGUCAAAAAAUGUUUACCAUCCUCGACUGGCCCUGAAGAAUGCAAUCGCCAAUUGGUUGCCGGAAUUUUAUCAGGAAAAGGAAGCUUGGGGGCCGAUCAGUAAACCUCAACCGGCUGUCACGAUUGUUAUGCCAAUUAUUCCAAUUAUUCCUUCCGUUAACACCUGUAUGACAUUGACUUCAACUAGCACUUCGACUACUACAAGUACCAAUGCGUUACCUGUUCCGGAAGUAAACACCACACAGUUACAAUUAUUUGCUGACGUUUGCAGUACCGUUACAAGUGCCCCGGAAAGUAUUUCCGCUCCCAUUAUGAAUUCUCUUGUAUCCGCCACGAAGGUAGUUACUAACGAGUCUCUUCCUAACCCAAUGGCUGCGGUUAUUUCCAUUGCCAUUCCCACUACGAUUCCGGUGUCCAGUAUACCAAUGCCGAUCAUGAGUAUCAAACAAACCGAAUGCGAAGAUUUGUCAAUCAAAAAAACUGCCACCGACGAGGACAAAGGGCUGGAAAUUAAUGCAGACAGUCGAGUUAUUGAACCGCUGGAAGCGGACGAAGUAAUCGAGAAUGAUCUAGAGCAAAAACAUUUAGACGAAUCGACUGAAAAACGCGUGUCGCCAUCUUCGGAUAUUCCUCUGCUGGUGGACGAAGAAUUCAAGACAAAGGAGGAAGCCGAAGCAGAGGAGGCCAAAAGGUUGAAAGGACCCAACCCGGCCGAACUGGGUAUGAUGGUAGGUGGUGAAGAGAGACCCGAUGAUGAGGUUAAAAUGUUGGAUCUAGAAGAGAACGAGGUGAAAAUGGUAGAUGCGACUGAGAGCGAGGAAAAGAUGACCGUCAACGAUGAAGUUAUUGUCAACCAAGUGAAAAUACACAUUGAAGAUGAUGACGUAAAGGUCGAUGAAGUAUUCAACCGUAGUAGCCCGUGCUCGACAACAGUCGGAGUCUGUGUCGAGCCAAUGGAGUGUGGAAGCAAUUUGACUUCGCCCAAGCACGUGAUGAAAACACAUUUUGACGACGUGCUGAUGUCGGAAACUACUUCGACUUGUUCUGGUGCCAUGCAGGUGGAGAGUUCUGAUACUUCCCUCACAUCUAAUGCAGAGAUGACAGAUGAUAAAAGUAUCAGCGACAAAGACAUCACCACCAACGACAUUAUGCUGCUGUGCGAUCUGUUCUACCUACCGUUUGAGCAUGGUAGCAGGGCGCUACAGCUAUUGACGGAGUUUUAUUGGCUAAAAACAAAUGCACAUGUUCUUUGCAGACGCAUACGAAAGGAGAAUACUACCGUUACGACAAGGAAUGCUGUUGACGGAAGCACAAGUUCUACCAGUCUGCCUGUAGCUUGUCAUCAGCUGAAUGGAGCCAGCCCUCAGCAUAUCAGUGAAACUAAAGAUGGAUGUAAUAAAAGUGAAGUGCAGGAAUGGUUGCGCCGAUCGGAGUCGUUUGAGAAUCUCUGCCAGAGUAUUUUUCGAAUGGCACGAAAAGUUGCACGUUGCGCGAAUAAAGAAAUCUGUUUCGAGUUGUUUUCCUAUGUGUGGGACAUCGUAGCCGUGCUUUCGUUGCUCAGUGCAUUCGUGAAAUGGCUUGCGCUGGGCCAUUUUCCAACUAAUAUCAACUCGUAUACCCAGGGAGGAUACACAUGGUUCAGCAAAGGUUGGAAAGAAACAUUUAUGUCCGGUGACCAGGAACCGUGGGUUUUUCGAGGUGGUUUGAUUGCUGAUCUGCAACGUCUCAUUCCGGUAGAUGCCGGUAACGAUCUGUUCCUGUAUAAGCUGCCCGAAACAUCGGCUGUUAAUUUGUACACCAUCCGACCCUAUUUAAACACGGACGAGGCAAGUGUGUAUAACGUUUGUCACAGUACCAUGAAGGAUGGCGAUGAAUUCAGUGAACACCUGCCGGAUGGGUUGAGAAACAUUCUGGCGGAUCGACAUGUUGGAUCGUUUUUGACGCUUGCACCUCAAUUCUGUAUGGUAAUUGAGGACAACAAUCAUGAUGUGAUCGGAUACGCUUGCGCUGCUCUUGACACCACAACAUACGUUCGGAAUCUAGAGCAAUGCUGGAUACCGGAAAUGUGUCUAAAGUACCCACUCUCCAUCAUCGAUGGCUCGGUUAGCACAACUAAUACGCUCCCGCAACAAAUUCAUGAUUGUAUCAUGUAUUUCCAUAACUUCAGUAACGAAUACCCGGUAGCCGUUCUGAAUUCGCACCCAUCCGUCAUGUCUUGUCGCAUUCUAAAGUCUCAUCUGGCGGAAGAUGAAACCAUUUGCAAGCGAGUGGUCACUGUCCUGUUGGCUGCACUGCGCUCCAAUGGUCCAUCAUAUGGGGUUCAUGUAUGUAUCAACCGCUCCGACAGGUUCCUCAAUCAGUUUUACUCCAAGCUCGGAUUCAUAGAAAUUUACAAGGAAGACUAUGACUCAAAAGUUUAUCUAGGAAGAAACUUUUGAUAGAACUUUUUUUUAUUGACUAUUUCUCAAACACUUGUGCUGUCCACCGGUUGAUACGUCAUCGUCCAAUAACACUGCCUACAGUACCGGACGCUUUCCCAGGGUGGUCUAUUUUAACAUUUUAUUUUAAUCACUUUCUUCGAAAUGGUGAAUAUAGAAUAUCGAAAUAGCAAGAAAGUUUCGAGAUUGAGUUCAAUAAAGUAGAACUUUUUUCA